CUGCUAGUUGUGCUGUGCACCGAGGAUGCUCCUGUGAAGUGUCCAUCAAUAGCGUAAUAGCCAUAGGCGACGCAACUGACUGCUUGGACUACUCUUUGGACAACUUUUGUUGGGUUAUACACUUUUUCUCUUUUCCUGGAAAAGGAAAAAAAUGGAGGAGAUCUAUUUUUCACUCUUUGGUCCCACUGCGCACAAAGCGCCCGCCACUUUAAUUUGCGGCUCUGCGGAGAAAUCAGCAGUUUUGGCUGUGGCGACCCUGCUGUCGCGUAAUGUGGAGCACAUUGGUGGAACCCUGCUGGCUGCACCACCAAGAUGCAGACUAACAUUGAUAGUGGAGCGAUGCAUGAGCGUGAUGCAGUCCGGGACGCAGAUGGUGAAGCUGAAGACAGGGUCCAAAGGGCUGGUGAGGCUCUUUUACCUGGAUGAGCAUCGCUCCUGCAUCCGCUGGAAGCCAUCACGCAAGAGCGAGAAGGCCAAGAUCACCAUUGACUCGCUGUAUAAAGUGACAGAGGGUGGUCAGUCGGACAUCUUUCAUCGACAUGCUGAGGGCAGCUUGGACCCGGCGUGCUGCUUCACAGUCUACCACGGCAACCACAUGGAGUCCCUGGAUUUGGUCACGUCCAACUCGGACGAAGCACGGACCUGGGUCACAGGCCUCCGCUACCUGAUGGCUGGCAUUAGUGACGAGGACUCUCUAGCCAAACGGCAGCGCUCCCACGACCAGUGGAUGAAGCAGACUUUUGAGGAAGCUGAUAAGAACGGUGACGGCCUGCUGAAUAUUGAUGAGAUCUACCAGCUCCUUCAUAAGCUCAACGUGAAUCUCCCACGGAGGAAGGUCAAGCAAAUGUUCCAGGAAGCAGACACGGACGAUCAGCAGGGCACGCUAACAUAUGAUGAAUUCUCCGUCUUCUACAAGAUGAUGUCCAUGCGUCGUGACCUUUUUCUGCUCAUGAUGGCUUACAGCGACAGAAAGGAUCACCUGACGGCUGACGAGCUCGCCAACAUGUUGCGCUGUGAACAGAAGAUGGUCAAUGUGACUCCGGAAUAUGCUGCAGAAAUCAUUGACAAGUUUGAGGUGUCUGAUGAGAACAAACAAAAAGGUGUUAUGGGGAUUGAAGGUUUUACAAGCUUCAUGCGCAGCCCGACAUGCGACAUCUUCAACCCGCUGCACAACGACGUGAACCAGGACAUGGAUCAACCUCUGUGCAACUACUUUAUCGCCUCCUCUCACAACACAUAUCUAACUGGAGACCAGCUCCUGUCGCACUCCAAGACUGACAUGUACGCUUGGGUUCUGCAGUCCGGCUGCCGCUGUGUUGAAGUGGACUGCUGGGACGGUCCAGAUGGCGAGCCCAUGGUCCAGCACGGCUACACACUGACCUCCAAGAUCACCUUCAAGUCCGUCAUCGAGACCAUCAACAAAUACGCUUUCAUCAAUAACCAAUUCCCGGUCCUUCUAUCCAUCGAGAACCACUGCAGUAUCCAGCAACAGAAGAAAAUUGCCCAGUAUUUGCGGGAAGUGUUUGCCGACAAGCUGGACGUCGCGCACGUGCUCAGCAGGGAGUCCAAGACGCUGCCCAGCCCACAGAGCCUGCAGGGCAAGAUUCUCAUUAAAGGCAAGCGUCUCCCUGCAUAUUUGUCUGCGGAUGCCGAGGAAGGCGAGGUGUCUGACGACGACAGUGCAGAUGAAAUUGAGGAUGACUUCAAGCUCAAGAACAGCAAUGGAAAUGGUCACCAACACCAAGUUGAGUCUCACAUAAGGAAGAAGCUAGACUCUCUUCUGAAAGAGUCUCGCAUCGGUGACAAGGAAGACACUGACAGCUUCAGCAUCAGAGCCCUGCUUAGGGCCACCCAUCAGGGCCUGCAGAAGAACCUCCGCCAGAACUCCAGGGGGGGUUUGAAGAAAUCCCAAAGCCGAUCCUUCAUCACCACACUAAAACAGAAGAGGCACUCUAAAUCGCGGCUGACAUGCCAAAGUGUGGAGAAGGAGGAGGACGAGCAGGAGACAUCCAUGCGUGACGCUGGAGGGCAGUUUAACAGGGGAGGGAGGAAGCGGAAGACCAUGAAGUUGAGUCGGGACCUAUCAAACCUGGUGGUUUUCACUAACUCUGUGGCCUCACAGGAGUGUCUCAAUGAAGGUACACCUGGUGACGUCCUCUCAUUCAGCGAGACCAGAGCCCAGUCACUGGUCAAUCACCGUGCCGAACACUUUCUGGCUUUCAAUCAGAGGCAGCUGUCACGGAUUUAUCCUUCAGCAUAUCGCAUCGACUCGUCCAAUUUCAAUCCACAGUUCUACUGGAAUGUCGGCUGUCAGCUGGUGGCGCUGAACUACCAAACGGAAGGCCGUAUGAUGCAGCUCAACAGGGCAAAAUUCAUGGUGAAUGGAGGUAGCGGAUACGUCCUCAAGCCACCACCCAUGUGUAAAGGAACCUUCAACCCAUUUAGUGAUGACCCACUUCCAGCUUGCCCCAAGAAGCAGCUUGUUCUUAAGGUCAUUAGCGGACAGCAUUUGCCCAAGCCACCAGAUUCCAUGUUGGGGGACCGUGGAGAGAUUAUUGAUCCAUUUGUGGAAGUGGAGAUCAUUGGUCUGCCAAUUGACUGCUGCAAAGAGCAAACUCGCGUUGUUGAUGACAACGGUUUCAACCCCGUGUGGGAGGAGACCCUGUCCUUCACACUGCACAUGGCUGAGGUGGCGCUGGUACGCUUCCUUGUUUGGGAUCACGACCCCAUCGGACGGGACUUUAUCGGUCAACGGACGGUUGCAUUCAGCAGCCUCAUGCCCGGUUACAGACAUGUCUACCUAGAAGGCCUGACCGAAGCGUCCAUCUUUGUGCACGUGUCUGUGCAUGAUGUCUACGGCAAAUGGAGUCCUCUAGUCCUGAAUCCCAGCUUUACCAUAAUGCACUUUCUAGGAUCCAGCAAGGGAAAUCAGCUUCGAGGCAUUCGGGGUUUGUUCAACCGCUCUUCUAAGUCCUCUGUGGAUACGAAUUCGACAGGCCUUCGGAAGCGCUCCAUCAGUGACCAUCUACUGCGCCGCACGGCUAGUGCUCCGGCGAAAGGCCGCAAGAAAACCAAAAUGGCGCUGUCCGAGUCGGCGGCUUCCAUGUUAGAGCACAAGAACGGUGCGGGGUUGGAGGCCGUUGGGGAGGGAGUGUCUGGGAAGGAGGCAGGUGUGGAAAAAAGGCCCCAGGGCAGGCCUCUUCUCACCCACAGACCCAUCUCCAUGCCUUUAGACAGGCUUCUGCAGGGACAGCUUACCCUGUGCUCCGGAGACAAGGAGCAUGACUUGAGUGCCAAUGCAGUCAUUGGAACUUUCCCAUUUGACAGACCCAGAUCUUCCUCAGUGGAUCUUCUCACCAAAUCAUCGGCUUCCAUUCAUGAAAGCAUCCAAACACCCUCUAAGUUGAACAGUCAAUGGAAGAAAGAGCUCAACAAACCACAGGAAGCGUCUUAUCUUGUUGUUGGUGGCGAUAACAUUACAAAUGAGGAUGACUAUGUAAAUUAUCAAGCAGGUAUUAAUCGAGCCAACCUCUCGAAAACCCACUCUGCCCCUUCCACCAACAACCACUGUAGAUCGGAGAAACCGGAAACAACUUCUACCAGCACAGUCUUCACAAUUGCACCUUCCGUGUCCUCAUCCUCAUCUUGCUCUGUCGCCCCUCUUUCCCCUGUCAACUGUGAUCGUGACUUAAAGAGUCCCAGCUCGCUGCAUGACAGCACAAUUUCCAGACUGAUUGACGCCAUGUCAUUAGGCAAUGAGCAAGACACUCAAGGCUCCAUAUCAGCUCUGAUCGGUCAAUUUGAAAGUACUGCCGACCAAAAUGAAUUCAACUCCUUUUGUAAUCGUACUUUUUCUCCUUCGGGACAGCUCCAAGAUGUCACUUCCACUUCAGCAAUUUCAGCCAAACAGAAAACUCUCCAAAUUACCACUCCAAGAAUAACUCUUUCACCAUGUACAGUUCCCCAAGUAGACUCUGCUAUCCUCUCCAGUCCAGAAACCACAGAUCUUGAGGAGGUCUACACCAUUCUUGACGAGGAGACAUUGUCACCUCCUGUGUCUGCAUACAAUCUGAAGAAUCAAUCAGUCAACGGCAAUGCAAAUAUUCUGGGCAACAAACCGUCAAGCAACCUGGCAUUUUCCCCAGUAAAGGUGGUUCAAGGCUUGGGAAGCCGCCAGAAUGUGUGUUGCAAUGUAAUUCCUACAAAUGGGAGGAGGAAUGAUGAUCCAGAAGAGAUCGAAGAGAGUGUAUACGAGGAAGUAUUUGAUCCACCAGCACCAAUAACAGAGCAACAGAGGAGUUCUACUCAAAGAUACAUGCUUUCACCUGUGAACCAGUCUUUCCAAUUAUCCAAUAACCGUGUUGGCAAUGCGUUUGCAGAGGUAGAGGUGAAUGUUGAUGAGGAUCCAACAGAGGUGAGUUUGACCUCACCGAGAUGCACAUGGAAGGCCCGCAGUAGUCCGACAAAACAGACCGCCAUUUACCAAAAUGAGUCCACUCCAAAAUACUCCAAACAACGACAUCCUCUGCCUUAUCGUGAGCCUCAGCAGUACCCAACAUAUUCGCCAAUUCCCUCCUCGUACUUUAAACCUACGUAUCAGUGUAUAGAUCAACAAUGCAACCUCCAAUCUUCUCCAAUGCACAGACCUAUGGACUCUAAACCUUCCAGACCAAGACCACUAAGCCACAAUGGCUAUCCGAGCUCUCAAAGCAAUACUUUACGUUAUAAUAGAGACUUAACGCAACAGACCAGCUACAACGGCAGCCUGAUCCUAAAUGGUUUUCAACAAGACGGAGAAGGCAACGAGAUCCCUAAUGGUUUUCACCAAGUAGUUCAAGGGCAUAGAGCUGCAGAGCCGGGAAGAUUCUUACAAAAUGGGUUUUCCACUUCAGAAAAUCUCCCGAUUCCCAGUUCAAGAGUUAGAUGUCUUUCUUUUCAUACUGCAUAUAGUCACUUUGACAAUGAUAAUGUUACAGAUCAGUGUUCAGUGUCCCAGUCACGCUCUCAAAGUCAAAAUCAAGUGUCCACUCCAAACCACACGUGGAACCAAAAUGUUCCAGUGCCCCAAAUACAGUCUGAAACCAAAGCUCCCAAGAUUUCAACUGUAAGGUCUUUAUCAACUGGUCCCCAAUCAAAUACUGUCAGUUGUACUGUCAGCACUCCAUGUAAGUCCAAGUCUCUGGGAGAUCUAACCUCUGAAGACAUAUCAUGUAAUUUUCAGAGCAAGUAUCACAUCAUUAGUCGCAGUUUCAUCACUCCACACAUGAGGAAACAUAAGAGGAUGGGAACCAUGGGGGGAGGAACUCUCCAGUCCCAAUCUCGAGACCCGCUAACAGAACAGUUGCGCAAACUUGUCAAUUUUGAGGUGGAAGACGGUGAAAAAGAAAUGCCCCCAUAUCCGCAAUGUCAUAUGGAUGUGAAAUCCCCUUGGAAAACAAGCACCGAACCUCCAACCUCCAAGGGUAUCAAUGACUCCCCUCCACUACUCGCCCGUCGCUUAUCGUCCCGUAGUCAAAGCCGAGUGCGUCACAUCAACAACCGUGCUCGUGAAAGACAGCAGGAGGCUCUGAAACCACCAUCAGGUGGCACGGUGAAUGGUAUUACCGCUGUUGGUGGAGUAGUUUUGAGGAAUAAACCAACCUCACAAAAUUCACCUGUGAACAGACACUCUACUGGUUCUUACAUUGCUGGUUACUUUGGGCAGCUGGAGGACAGAGGACUUCCUGAGGGAGCUUGUACAUCGUCACAGUUUGGAAACGGUGAUCAACAAGCAGAUCUCUACUGUGCCGGUGACCCUCUUCCAUCUUCAGACUCCUCCUACUUUUCAUCAGAGCCAGAGACCACAGGGUUUACUCUGAAGCUGGACAUGCACUGUACAACUUUGGAAGUGUGUUUGCAUUCCCACCCACUCGAAAUGAGUUAAUCGCCUGACUAAUCAUUGAUGUGUCAACCCCGGACAUGGACUGCCUGUACUGUUGCUACAUCAGUCCUGUAGCUGUGAGUAGUGCAAACACAGUGAAGGAAAAGGGCUCAGAGUUUGGAAAGGCUAAUCAUAACACUUCUUGGCCUGUGCAAGAACACUAUUUGAUUUGAUCAUUAUGUAAUUGUUCUAUAUCUGUUUACUAUCUCAUGUACACAAAAUGAAAAUACUUUUAACCAGAAAAAUUGAAUUGUGACAAAUCAUUUUCUGUAGCAAGACACGAAGAAGGCAGAUGAGCCAAUCAUAAUACAGAAUAGAGAAUUUGAGAUUUUACAUUUUCAUGGUGAUGUUCCCCAAAAAAUUUAGUGAAAUAGAUGAUUAUGGUUCCGUAAGCAAUGUACUUUUAUCAUUCGUGAAAUACUAGGCCUUCAUGCGGCAAACAUGAGUUUUUGUUGUUGUUGUUUUUACUAUUGUUGCCUUUUAAAUGAUUGUAAAAUUAAAGCUUUACAAGAACCAUGUAGUUUUCAUUUGUGGUUCGUUUUUGUUCAACGAAUCUUACAUGAUUUGUUUUGCACCACAGAUAAGCGCAGGCUCUGGAUAAAUCUCUACUAUCAUUUGCAUAAUGACUAUGAAAUAUUUUUUUAAUUUUUUUCUGUUCGGUUAAAUAAUCAUACAAGAAUGUUUUUUUUGCAUUCAAGUGUAAUGCAAUAAUCUUUUUCAACCCAAUUACUGUUUCUUAACCGAUAAUUGUUUAGUUAUUGUUUCAAGGUCGAAUAAAACUAAAUAAUCAAAAAUCUAGCUAACACGACGAAGUAAUGUAAUACUUGUAAUACUCGCAAAGUGAUUAACAAUUGUGGCAUAUGUCAAAUUUGAAUUAAAUAGUACCAUAAAGAUCUGAUUGCUUUUAUGGAGGACUAAGAAAUCGAAAUAUUUCCUGGUGAGAGCCUUAAAAUCAAAGGUAGGUAAAUUGAUGUUGUACCUGUACUUGUUAAAAUCAAACUGUAAAAGUAUGCUGUUGUUAGUUCGCUGUUAGUUCGUUGCUAACAAUUCGCUAGUACCCACCCAUCUUAAUUUGUUUUGCAUGAUUUACUUUUGUCACUUUGAUUGUUGGACGACACCCACAAAAGCAUUGGUCAGUUUGCACAGUGUAUGCCCAGCUUGAUGUUCAAAAUGAUGCCAUACAAACAACAUUGUUACACCAAGAAAUGCAUGUAUGAAAUGUCAAUGGUUGUACUAGUUAAAAGUUGUUCUAGUCUGGCGGUGUAAUUGUCAUUAUUCUACUUAAUGUCUCCAAAAGACAUGUUAUCGUUGUCUCUGUGAUGUCAAAACUGCGAUUCUGAAGCAAAAAAGACAACAGAAAAUUAGGAAUAUGAAGCAGGAUGUGUUUCUUUGUAUCAGCGGAAUGUUUGGUGUAUAAACAACAAGUGAAGGUCAUCACCAUGAAAGUCUUCCUUCUCGUUCAUGUGGGUAUUUUCUUUUAAAAUGUAAAUAUUUCCGCUGUUGUCUUGGAUCCUUGAAUGGUCUUUUUAUUCUGACUGCACACUGACUGUAUGUUUUGUGCAUGUUACCUACAUGUGAACAUGUCGAGCAUGACUAUGCACCUGUUUACACAAAUGAUGUUGCAGCGCUCGACCACAGCGGUUCGGGACUUGUUGCCAUCAAUGGUCUGCAAACAAAAAAAGAUUUGGAACUUAAAGCUCUUAUUUUUUUAAUUGCUUUGAUACAGAAUACAAACUCUUUUGUCAGUUCUAGUGAUUUUUAUUUUGUACGACCCGUAACAGAAUGCAAAUAAGUGUACAGCGGUUAGGUUGAGGAAGGGAGCGUAGCAAAGUUGUAAUUGUAUUCUUUUUAUUGUUCCAGUGUGAAACCAUCUCUUUUCUUUGUAUUGUUGCUCAUUUGAUAACUGUGAGCAUUUUCCUACCAAUGCAAUAAAAAUAAUAACUUGAUAUCCACUGAUCAUU